AUGAAUGAGACAAAUCAUUCUCGGGUGACUGAAUUUGUGUUGCUGGGUUUAUCUAGAUCCCAGGAGCGCCAACCUUUCUUGUUUCUCAUAUUUUCACUGCUCUACCUAGCAAUACUACUGGGAAACUUUCUCAUCAUCCUCACUGUGACCUCAGAUUCCCGCCUUCAUACCCCUAUGUACUUUCUGCUUGCAAACCUCUCUCUUAUAGAUAUAUGUGUUGCCUCCUUUGCUACCCCCAAAAUGAUUGCAGACUUUCUGGUUGAGCACAAGACUAUUUCUUUUGAAGCCUGCCUGGCCCAGAUUUUCUUUGUUCAUCUAUUUGCUGGUGGUGAAAUGGUGCUCCUUGUAUCCAUGGUUUAUGACCGUUAUGUUGCUAUAUGUAAACCUCUCCACUACACGACAAUCAUGAACUGGCGUGUGUGUAUUACUCUGGUCCUCAUUCCAUGGUGUGUGGGUUUCAUCCAUACUACUAGCCAGCUGGCAUUUACUGUUAACUUGCCUUUUUGUGGGCCUAAUCAAGUGGAUAGUUUUUUCUGUGACCUCCCUUUAGUGACCAAACUGGCCUGCACAGACACUUAUGUUAUCAGUUUACUAAUAGUUGCAGACAGUGGCCUUCUUUCUUUGAGUUCCUUCCUCCUGUUGGUUGUAUCUUACACUGUGAUACUCAUCACAGUUAGGAGCCACUCCUCUGCUAGCACAGCCAAGGCCCGCUCCACACUGACUGCUCAUAUCACCGUGGUCACACUCUUCUUUGGACCAUGCAUCUUCAUCUAUGUUCUGUUCUUCGGGCCGUGUGUCCUCAUCUAUGCCUGGCCUUUCAAGAGUUUCGCCAGCAAUAAAGUCCUUGCUGUAUUUUACACUGUUAUCACACCCUUAUUGAAUCCUGUUAUUUACACCUUGAGAAAUCAGAAAAUGCAAGAGGCCAUGAAAAAAUUAAGGUUCCAAAAUGUUAGCUCCACACAGAACUUUUAG